GAUACAAAUAUGACUCCUUCGAAGCACAAGUCGGAACGGGCCGAACUGGGAAAAAAAGAAAAAAGUUUGUUUAUCUUAACCUACGGUACGGUCAAAUCUGAAACGCUUCGAUUAUCAAAAUCGCUCCUCUUCUUAUUUUUAAAUAAUUUAUUUUAAUUCUAUUGUUGUUUUGAUAAACUAAUCUUCUUACAUAACAAAUAGGAAUCGUGCCAAGCCAUAGCAAUGAAGGUUGUGGGUCUAAUUAGUGGUGGCAAAGACAGUUGUUAUAAUUUAAUGCAAUGUGUGGCCGCAGGACACGAAAUCGUCGCUUUGGCAAAUUUAAUGCCACAAAGUAAAACCGAAAUAGAUAGCUACAUGUAUCAAAGUGUAGGCCACGAAGCAAUUGAUCUAAUCGCGGAAGCAAUGCAACUGCCUCUCUAUCGAAAGGAAAUUACUGGUGACUCCAAAAGUGUUGGCAUAAACUAUUCGUACACUAGCGAUGAUGAAGUGGAGGACUUGUUUGAACUUCUUCAGAAUGUAAAGGACGAUAUGCCGAUUGAAGGUGUUUCAGUUGGUGCCAUCUUGUCGGAUUAUCAAAGAAAUCGUGUCGAGAACGUUUGCUCGAGAUUGCAGUUGACACCCUUAGCGUAUUUGUGGCAGAGGAACCAACAGGAAUUACUGUGCGAAAUGAUCAAAUGCGAAGUGGACGCAAUCGUUAUUAAAGUCGCAGCUUUGGGUUUGGAACCGUCUCGUCAUCUGGGGAGAUCGCUAAGAUUGUUAGAACCUCAUUUGAUGGCCAUGCACGAUAAAUAUGGUCUUAAUGUGUGUGGUGAGGGAGGAGAGUAUGAGACUUUGGUUUUGGAUUGCCCGCUGUUUGGAAGUCGAAUUGUUAUUGAGGCAUCAGAAGUCAUUUUACACUCCGCCAAUCCUAUUGCGCCUGUGGGAUUUUUGAAGUUAAACAAACUAAAGCUCGAACCGAAACUACCUCAAUUAAAUUUCUAUAGUAGAUUAAAAAAUGUUCCGUUAUCGGACAGCGACGGAUACAUUACAGAUCACGGCGAGGAAGCGACCGAAUUUGUUGAUGACAACACUAGCUCUGCUGACGAGACCGUAGCACAUACAGUAACCAUAAAAACGGUCAGUUGCUGUCCCGAACUCAAUGCUGUAAGCAAUGACGGAUGGUUGUGGAUCAGCGGAUUAUGUGGUAACAGUGCAAGUUGUGAGGAAGCAUUGAAAAUGGCGCUUGAGAAAUUAAAGUCUACCCUGUCGACCUAUGGUCACACUUUGGAAGAUGUGGUAUCGGUUUCGAUGCUCGUUUCCGAUAUGUCCAAAUUUGUUGAACUGAAUAAAUUGUAUGUCGACGUCAUCAAACAUGUGAAUCCGCCUACUAGAGCGUGCGUUGAAGUGCCUUUGCCAAAAAACUGCCCCGUUAUUUUGGAAGUGGUGUCUUGGAGUCUGCCAGAUGAUGCAAUUGAGAGAGAUCCACCAAUCGAAAGGCAUACAAUGCAUAUUCAAAGUAUUUCUCAUUGGGCACCCGCAAAUAUAGGUCCAUACAGUCAAGCAAUUCGAGUGGGGGAGUUUGUAUAUAUUGCAGGACAGAUCGGUUUAGUUCCAGGAAGUAUGCAGUUAGUGAGAGGUGGUGUUAAGUCACAGUGCCAGUUAGCGAUUAGGCAUGUUGGACGAAUCAUCAGUGGUAUCGACUCAAACACGAAUCUUCGUGAUGUUGUGCAGGCGGUUUGCUACGUCACCAAUAUUCAAGUAAUAAACAACGUGAGAAAACUGUGGGAAGCUACAACGAACAAUGCAAUAGUAAAUUAUGUAGUCGUAUCAGGUCUUCCUAAAAAUGCGUUGGUUGAAUGGCACGUGUGGGUCCAUAGGCACAAUAGUAGCUUCGAGUAUGAAGAAACCGGAAAGUGCGUUAACGAUUGGUCAAUUUCAAUCUACAGGCGAUGGAAUUAUGAAAAUAAUAUUUCGGCGGUUGUGUGUCACGUUGAUUGUCCGCAAGAUGAGACCGAUACGGUUCCGAUUGAAGUGUACCAGGAAACAUUCAGAUAUGUCAUACAGAAGCUGCAACUCGGUCACGAGGGCGAUAGCACAUCUAUAUGCAAUUUGAAAAUAUUUUACAAUGUUCAGAAGGCCAUAUCACUGACUGAUGUAAUUGACUGUAUUAAUGAAUUUGAAGAAUCGAUUACAGUAAUUUAUUUAUUAGUGCCUGUUGUGGGCUUAUAUAGUGAACAAACUUUUUUGUCAAUUUGCGGAGUUAGAAAGCAGUAAUUCUCUCAGGUAAUUAUUAUUGAAAUUGUACUGUUUGGGUAUGUACUAGAUGUGAAACAUCUCCUCGUCUUUGUAGUUAAUACAACCAUCAGUGCUAGAGAACUCAACAUCAUACAAGUAUGUGUUCAUUUGUUUUUGAAAAUUAUGAUACUCACUGCUAGGGUUUUUGUCUCUGCCAAUCUAGUGACAGCCCAUACCAACCAAGUGCUGAGUUCUGGCAAGCUACAUUUGUUUUCUAAACUAUAAUACUAGUGGUAACUUGUAAAGUUAAUUAUCAUGCUCUCUUCUAUUUAAACUGUUAACAAAAAUGUCUUUGUAAAGGCAGAUUAAAUACUUGAUUUGGAAGGUAACGUGUAACCUCAAAAUCUAUAUUUUGUUGGUACUAUCCAGUACUACGUCUUGUUAGUUUCAUAAUGUUCAAAAUAACGAAUACAUACUUCUAUAGCGUUGGAUCUCUAAUAUAACUAUUAUUUGUAUUAUCAGUAAUUUGUUUUCUUAAAAGUCACAACUGCUGGUAAUCUGGAAUUUUAUUGUAUAAACUAUCUUUUUUUUAGGUUGACAAUUUAAUUAGUUACCUACAUCUUAAUUUUUGUUGAUCUGCGAAAUGGAUGCAAUUUUCAUAAACGCCUUAAGGACGAUCUUAAGCUGCAAAUAUUUUGUGGCAUCUCAGACAAAUGUUACAUUGUUAAUUGUUUAACUUUUAAGGCCAGUUAUACAUAUAUGUAUUUGUUAUCAUUAAUUAUUGUUUUUAUAUUUUACAGAAAUAUAUUAAUUCUUAAGGUGGCAA